UAAACAAACGUGUGGAGAAUCAUACUAGUGGAGGGAGCAAUGACACUCGUCCCUCUGGGGUCACCCUUGGCACUGAGUUGAUGAUGGGUGUGGAUGAGAGUGGGAGAGUGCAUCUCCUGUCAUACCAGCACCUUCCUGCACUCUAGUGAUGCUGUGUCUACAUCCCCGUGUCCCUCAUGGACCUCUCACCAGACUUCAGUCUGAGCAAUCAUCAGCUGGCAAGAAGUGGGAGUCAUGCCCGUAGUCUGUCGGUCUCAGACUUGUCCCUUGCUUCAUUUCUCCCCGAGACUGUCAAUGAAGCUAUUGUUAAUGGCACCUAUGACAGAAAUCUCAAUAAGGAGACUGCUAUCAAUAGAAACCAUGCAGGUGCAAUGGGUUGCUGGGAUGAAUUGCCCCGAAAAUCAUACAGUCUUCCUCACCGCUACAAGACCCACCUCAUGGGUGGGUGGCGGUCACUGGGAAGAGAUUGCUCAAAUAGUCCCUCCAUACCACCUAUCUCCCCAUCAGAAUUUAAGCAACAGUUCACGCUUAUGCGACAGUGGUUCAACAGUUUCACAGACGAGCAGAAGAAUCGGGUUUUAGCAGAACUACUUGAACAUAUUGGUCCAAGCCAGCUGCAUCUCCUCUCGGUUGCCAUUGGAGGUCGGCUGCACCAUGGAUGUCCGCCCAACUGUCAAGACCCUAUUGGUUGGCUUCCUCCUGGUCUUGCUCUCACCAUUUUCUCCUAUCUUGACCCAGUUUCCUUGGCUCAAGCAUCACAAGUGUGCAAAGUCUGGUAUAAUUUGGCCUCACGUGACUGCUUGUGGCGGAAUCUUUCCUUUCAUCGUGAAUGGCAACUUUCACUUUCUUCACACGAAAAACAGUUAACAUGUUGCCUACGCAAGGAUGGUACUGUAGACUGGAAGCAGGUGUUUGUGGAGCGCUAUCGUCUCCAUCGUAAUUGGAUGGGAGCUCACUGCCAUGUACGAACAUUUGAAGGUCACACAUUAGGUGUUUCUUGUGUGCAGUUUGAUGAUCAUCGAAUAGUUUCUGGUUCUCAUGAUAACACCAUAAAGGUAUGGAACAUGCGGACAAAUUCUCGGUGGUCAGUGCAGACAUUAGUGGGUCACUCUGGCAUGGUUCGCUGUCUUCACUUGGCUGGAAAUCGGCUUGUUAGUGGGUCAGCUGAUGCUACAAUAAAGGUUUGGGAUGUUGAAGAAACCAGUCAGUGGUCAUCGAUUAACUGCAAAGUCACCAUGAUCGGUCAUUCUUCAACUGUUCGCUGUCUUCAGGUUGAUGGGGACUAUGUGGUAAGUGGCAGCUACGAUCAUUUGGUCAAGGUGUGGGCAUUGGCAUCAGGAGAGUGUCUCAACACUCUCGCUGGUCACCAGGCUCCUGUGCUUACUGUUGCCUUUGAUGACAAUAAGAUUAUUUCUGGUGCAGCUGAUAAAACCAUUAAGGUUUGGCAGCUAGAUUCAGGCCUGUGCCAGAAGACACUCGUAGGUCAUGAAGAUGCAGUUACCACUCUAACAUACGACAACACUACCAUAAUUUCUGGUUCUCUUGACUGCACCAUUCGCCUAUGGUGUCUCUCCUCCGGCCAGUGCUUGGGCGUCCUUGACUGGAUGUCCAGUGAAGGCCAUACAGGUGUAAUCCGGUGUCUAGCUGCCGAUUCGAGGCGAAUUGUGAGUGCAUCCGACGACAAAACAAUAAAGGUAUGGGAUCGUGAAUCCCGUCGUCGGUUAGUGACUCUGAGAAACCACACCGAUGGGGUCACGUGCCUCGCAUUUAAUGAUCACGUGAUAGUAAGCGGGUCUUACGAUAAAACUGUCAAACUUUGGGACUUCAGCGUGUGUUAAUUUACUAUUAAGUGGAUGGUACGUGGAGAGCAUGCUGAGUAAAGGCGAUUGUGAAAGCAUUUACAGGUAUCAUAUUUAGGAUAUGUAGUUUAUUUUUUAAACAUAUCUCCUCUGUUUAAAAUUUGUGACUGAAAUGCUUGAUCAGUAUUGAGCUUAUUUUUGUGAAAUACUUGAUUGCUCCAUGUGAAUUACUGAUGGCUUUUGUUGUGGAAAGAUAUUCCCACAAAUCAGUUUUAUCACUAAUAGGUAUUUUAUAAUAUUACUAAUGAAGCUAUGAUAUUCUCUUCCACUGUAAAUGGAAAAAUAAACUCAGUUUUCUAUUCAUAA